UGCAGAAACGUAGAUCCAGGAAGCCGUCCGUGCUUGCAUCCUAUCGUGUAACCUUAUGGCUCUGGGUUUGUCGCGUCGCUUCGUCUCCGCCGUGGCCGGUGGAAAUGUGGCCGAUCCUGGAAGAAAAGCACCGUCCGAGCAUCUGUCAGCGUUUUCGUAAUCUUUUCUCACGCAGACCCGGGGCAUCAUCGUUCAAACUUUCAAAAUGAGGAUCUUCUUGUCUCUGCUGAAAAACAGCAACCCCAAAAUCGAGUAUUACUCCAGAUUUUCACCGUCUCCGCUCUCCAUCAAGCAGUUUUUGGAUUUUGGCAGGGACAAUGCAUGUGAGAAAACGUCCUUCAUGUUCCUGCGUAAGGAGCUGCCCGUGCGGCUGGCCAACACCAUGAGAGAGGUCAACCUCCUCCCUGAUAAACUGCUUAGCCAGCCCUCUGUCAAACUAGUGCAGAAAUGGUACAUGCAGAGCUUUGUGGAGCUGCUGGAUUAUGAGAACAGAAAGCCAGAGGACCCGCAUACUCUGAACGAUUUCCUGGAGCUCCUGAUAGAGAUCCGCAACCGCCACAACGACGUGGUUCCCACCAUGGCUCAGGGGGUCAUCGAGUACAAGGAGAAGUUCGGCUUUGACCCGUUCAUCAGCAGCAACGUCCAGUAUUUCCUCGACCGCUUUUACACCAACCGCAUCUCUUUCCGCAUGCUCAUCAACCAGCACACACUCCUCUUUGGUAACGAUACCAACCCAGCACAUCCAAAACACAUAGGCAGCAUUGAUCCAACCUGCAACGUGGCAGAAGUUGUGAGUGAUGCUUAUGACACUGCCAAGAUGCUGUGUGAGAAGUACUACUCAGCUGCUCCCGAGCUCAAGAUCGAGGAAUUCAACAUGAAGGCUCCCAAAAGGCCCAUCCAAGUGGUGUAUGUGCCCUCUCAUCUAUUCCACAUGUUAUUUGAGCUCUUUAAGAACUCCAUGAGAGCAACAGUGGAGCUUUAUGAGAAUAGUAAGGAGGGAUUACCACCGGUAAAGACAAAAGUGACUCUGGGUAAAGAGGACCUCUCAAUAAAGAUCAGCGACCGAGGCGGAGGAGUUCCUCUGAGGAAGAUAGACCGUCUUUUCAACUACAUGUACUCCACUGCCCCGACACCCAGCCUGGAGCCAGGAGCUGUCCCGCUGGCUGGUUUUGGCUAUGGUUUACCAAUUUCCAGGCUGUAUGCCCGAUAUUUCCAGGGGGAUCUGAAACUGUACUCUAUGGAAGGAGUUGGCACGGAUGCUGUCAUCUAUCUGAAGGCUCUGUCCAGUGAGUCCUUUGAGCGUCUGCCUGUCUUCAACAAGUCGGCGUGGCGGCAUUACAAGACGAGCCCCGAGGCGGACGACUGGAGCAACCCCAGCAAAGAGCCACGUGAUGCCAACGUUGCCGACAUGCCGCGGUGGAUGAGCAAGUUGCUCGCAGCUUGGACUUGUUUUCCUAACAGUGCUUCAUCCAGUCAGCCUUGUCUCCCCUUUGUGGAAGUCAUGUGGAAAACACAGGUGAGGGUUUGGAUAAGUCAGCGGAGGAAAAUGUGGUCAAAGGAGCAGAGCCUCCUGGGCACUGAAAUUUCGCAUCAAUCCAUCCACUUUUUUUUUUUGGAACGUGGAUCAUAUUCAGGAACUUUUUUUUUUUUUUUUGUGCACUUUACUAAUCCUACAUGUAUAUUUUAACCUCAUGUAGCUUUCAUAAAAUCACUGCAGACCUCUAUCAGGAACUAAUUAAAUCAGGUCAGAACUUACUAAUAGUAACGCAUUUUUUGGAGCUACUGAAAAAGACCAAACUUAAAUGAGUGAUGGCCCAAACCUGGAUUUAUUAAAAUCGAAUGAUGGGAGAUUUUCACCAGUCUGAACUGACCUUACUUUUCUCAUCUCAUUUAAGUCAGUGUGGAAACUGACUUAUUCACCGUCAGAUCUCAUCACUGCCAAUGCCUUUGUAACCUGCCAGUCUGACUGAUACUCGGCGACAAUCCCGCUGUAGAGGAUGAGCUGUGUUAUAGGUUAGCGGUGGUCCUGUUGUAGACCAGUCACCUAGAAUCCACAUCUUCAUCAAUAUUAUUCUUCCAGUUUGAUUUACUGAAAAGAAGAUCUUCUACUUUUAGUAGUUUACUGUUAAAGACUGUCUCUGUGGUAAGAGUGUUUUAGAAAAUAUUCCUUAAAUAUAUAAAAUGUGUAUGCUGUACAUACAGCCAGUGUGGAGUGAUCAGUGUGUUUUCCACCCUACUGUACAUCCCAGCUUGAAUACUGGAUUUGUAUCCACAAAUGCCUGGAUAAGAGGUGGUCAUGCAGACAUCCACAUACACCAAAAAAAGUUUCUUAUAAUGUGAUUCUGCAUGAAAUGAACUUCAGAUACCAACUGUCAAACAUUACAAUUAAAGAGAAUUGCUGUUGUGUGUAA